UCAGAGGCUCAGAGCAUAAAACCAUCUGUGGCAUUUCUGCAGGACAACUAGGAGCAAGAAAAGCCUCACAAGAAGAUAUCUUAUCGCUGCCUGGGUCACUGAGGCCUCUGUGGAAAACAAGGGGCCCCUUGCCAUCCCACAUCAUUCGCCUGGCCUUUCUGAAAGCUCAUGGAAACCCUCUGGAGGGUCACAGGUCAAGACAGGGAGGAAGUUAUAAGAAGACCUCAGCAGGGGAAACAGCCAGCUGCAAGCUACCUGGUGCUUUCAGCCUAGAAGAAUGACUUCUUUUGGAACUGCCAUUCCCAGAACUGCCUCCAGCUGGGGGAUUCUGGGUUCUGUAAUCUCAAGAAAGGAAUGCCCCCUCCCCAAGCUCUGGCAAUGUCUUAGCUUUCUUGUGUCAAAAUGAAUGUUCACAACCGCCUUAGCGACUCAGAAGAAGGUCAUGUGGCAAUCUUCCUUGGGACACAGCUGGCCACGGAAAACCUACAACCGGGUUGCUUUGGGGUCGCCUUAAGUCCUAAAAGCACAUGCAACAAUGCAACAGCCAGGGCAGAGAAGAAAUUGAGGAUGAUGUGGUUGAAGCCUCACCCUGAGACCACCGAGUACAAAGGUUCUUUCUGGGAAUGUGGCUCCUGGCCGCACACCGGUCAAACCCAGAAAUCUUUAAAGUGACAUGUUUUCAACGUCUGAGCAGUAAAGUCAAAUCUGAAGUCCCUGGCUUGGGUCAGAACAAAAGCUGGGAAAAUGUCAGAGAUCUAAGCUGUUAUGUUCCCUGCCUGCUUGCUGCUAUAAGCUGCGGAUCAGACAGAAGUUCAACAGGCGUGAGUGAUUCAACAGAUGCAAUGCUCCUAAACAGAAAUCCAACAGGUCCCAGAGCUGCUAGCUGUGUGUGGGUCGGAAAUCCAGCAUGCACCACUCAUCCAACAGGAGCCCAUCCUUUGGAGGGAGGCCAGAAAACCAGGCCAGACCAGGACACCAUCCCAGCCUCGAACCCUGGAGGACAAUCUCAGCCCUUUUGGGCCAAGGAGGGUCAGAUCCUUUCCUUCCAUUUUGGCUUCAGUCCGACCGUGGAUCUGUAGCUCCUGGUGCCAAAAGGAGUCCAGAAAAAGGAAAGAAGAAUGAAAAGGGCGGUGGAGAGAGACUGUGAAGAGUUUGAAGGAAAAAUCUGGAACACCUGAUGCGUCUCUCUCAGCAACAAGCAGCCUCCAAGUGGGACAAAGGCAAUAAUACCUUGAAGACUCUAGAAAGGGGGCCUUGUCUCAUCCUCGGUUCGUUCCAGGUUCACUAAAGGCAGCCUGCUUUCCUGACCUAGACCUUGCCCUGAGGACUUUGGGGGCUAGUUCUGGCCACCAUGGGAGUGGCAUGGUUGGCUCGGUUCCUCCUGGGAUGCGUUCCUCUGUUGGCCGUCCAUCGGGGAUUUGCCUCCGGCCAACAUGAGGGAGACCUUCAGGCCGACCUGUUUGCAAACUACGAGAACAAGCCGCCAUCCAGCCGUGUGCGACGGAGAGGACACGAUACUUUGCGAGGGCCAAAUGUCUGUGGGUCGCGGUUCCAUUCCUAUUGCUGUCCUGGAUGGAAGACCCUCCCUGGAGGAAACCAGUGCAUCGUCCCCAUUUGCCGAAAUUCCUGCGGGGACGGUUUCUGUUCCCGGCCGAACAUGUGCACUUGUUCCAACGGGCAACUUUCCCCCAACUGUGGCUCCGGAGGAGCUCAGUCCUGCAACGUCCGAUGUAUGAAUGGCGGCAGCUGCAAUGAAGAAGCCUGCCAGUGCCAGAAGGGAUACACAGGAACAUACUGCGGCCAGCCUGUCUGUGAGAGUGGAUGCCAGAACGGAGGCCGCUGCAUCGGACCCAACCGCUGCGCCUGCAUUUACGGCUUCACCGGGCCCCAGUGCGAGAGAGAUUACCGCACUGGCCCUUGUUUCAGCCAAGUCAGCAACCAGAUGUGCCAGGGCCAGCUCAGCGGCAUUGUCUGCACCAAGACCAUGUGCUGCGCCACCAUUGGCCGGGCCUGGGGCCACCCGUGCGAGAUGUGCCCGGCCCAGCCUCACCCUUGCCGCCGAGGCUUCAUCCCCAACAUUCGGACCGGAGCCUGCCAAGAUGUGGACGAAUGCCAAGCAAUCCCCGGACUGUGCCAGGGGGGCAGCUGUCUCAACACCGUUGGCUCCUAUGAGUGCAAGUGCCCAGCGGGCCACAAGCAGAGCGAGACAAGCCACAAAUGCGAAGACGUGGACGAGUGCGGGAGCAUCGCUGGUGUUUGCGAUGGUGGCGAGUGCACCAACACGGCCGGCAGCUACGUCUGUGCUUGUCCACGGGGCUUCAUGACCAGCCCAGAUGGAUCCCGUUGCGUAGACCAACGGAUUGGGACCUGCUUCUCGGCACUGAUCGGAGGACGGUGCGCAGGGGAGUUGCCUGGACAGUACACCAAGAUGCAGUGUUGUUGCGACUCUGGACGCUGCUGGGCCAUCGGUCAGAUCCCCGAGAUGUGCCCUGUCAGAGGGUCAGACGAAUACCGUCGGCUGUGCAUUGAGGGGCUCCCGGUGGUUCCAGGUUUCCCCAGCACCUUCCCAGGGGUCCCUGGCUUUGGGCCGAACGGAGCCGGGCCGGGCAUCAGCAGCCCCGGGGGCUUUGGACCUAAUGGAGCAAAUGGGCAAGGCGGGAUCCCUGGGCUCCCUGGCAUGGGACCAGGCAGCUCCAGCAUCGGCACAGCCACUCUGAACCAGACGAUCGACAUCUGCAAGCACUUCACCAACCUCUGUUUGAACGGCCGCUGCAUCCCCACUCCGUCCAGCUAUCGCUGCGAGUGCAACAUGGGAUACAAGCAAGAUGUCCGGGGGGAGUGCAUUGACAUGGAUGAAUGCUCCAGCAGCCCCUGCCUCCAUGGCGACUGUGUGAACACCCCCGGAUCCUACCAUUGCAAGUGCCACGAUGGCUUCCAGAGCACCCCCACCAAGCAGGCCUGCAUUGAUAUCGACGAGUGUAUCAUGAAUGGAGUGAUGUGCCGGAACGGGCGCUGCGUGAACACCGAUGGGAGCUUCCAGUGCAUCUGCAACGCCGGCUUCGAAAUCACCCCGGAUGGGAAAAACUGUGCCGAUCACGAUGAAUGUGCCACGACCAACAUGUGUCUCAAUGGGAUGUGCAUCAAUGAGGACGGGAGCUUCAAGUGCAUUUGCAAGCUGGGUUUUGUGCUGGCCCCCAACGGACGCUACUGUGUUGACAUCGAUGAGUGUGAGACCCCCGGCAUCUGUAUGAAUGGCUGGUGCAUCAACAUGGAGGGCUCCUUCCGCUGCGAGUGCCUGGGGGGCCUGGCCAUUGGGGUGGACGGACGGGUCUGCGUGGACACCCAUGUCCGCAGCACCUGCUAUGGAGGCAUUAAGAAGGGCACCUGUGCCCGGCCCUUCCCUGGGGCCGUCACUAAGUCCGAGUGCUGCUGUGCCAACCCAGACCACGGUUUCGGAGAGCCCUGCCACCCCUGUCCUGCCAAGAACUCAGCUGAAUUUCAAGCACUGUGCAGCAGUGGGAUUGGUAUCACAGCCGAUGGGAGAGAUAUCAAUGAAUGCGCCUUGAACCCCGACAUCUGCCCCAAUGGCAUGUGUGAGAACCUUCGGGGGAGUUACCGUUGCAUCUGCAAUCUGGGCUACGAGUCGGACCCUACUGGCAAGAACUGUGUGGAUGUGGAUGAAUGCGCCGUCAACCGUCUCCUUUGCGACAAUGGCUUGUGCCGCAACACGCCUGGAAGCUACAGCUGCAGUUGCCCUAAAGGCUUCGUCUUCCGGACAGAAACAGACACUUGUGAAGACAUCAACGAGUGCACAUCCAACCCUUGUGUGAACGGCGUCUGCCGGAACAACGCCGGAUCCUUUGCCUGCGAAUGCUCCCCGGGAAGCAAACUGGAUUCUGGUGGCACCAUAUGUGUUGACAGCAUGAAGGGGACCUGCUGGCUGAACAUCCAGGAAGGCCGCUGUGAGGUGAACAUCAACGGGGCCACCCUGAAGUCGGAGUGCUGUGCCACCCUUGGGGCUGCCUGGGGCAGUCCCUGCGAACGCUGUGAGAUUGAUACUGCUUGUCCCAGAGGUUAUGCACGGAUGAAGGGAGUUUCUUGUGAAGACGUGAACGAGUGCGAGGUUUUCCCGGGGGUUUGUCCCAACGGUCACUGCGUGAACACAGCAGGCUCCUUCCGAUGCGAGUGUCCAGAAGGACUGACCCUGGACGGCUCUGGCAGAACUUGUGUGGAUGUCCGGCUGGAGCAGUGCUACAUGAAGUGGGUGGAGGACGAAUGCGCGGUGCCCCUCUCGGGCAAAUACCGCAUCGACCUUUGCUGCUGCUCUGUGGGGGCAGCCUGGGGGAGUGACUGCGAGGAGUGCCCCAAGCCCGGCUCGGCGGAAUACAAGGCCAUUUGCCCCAGGGGACCUGGAUUUGCCAACCGCGGGGAUGUCUUGUCAGGCAGGCCUUUCUAUAAAGAUGUGAAUGAAUGCAAGGUGUUCUCCAGCCUCUGCACCCAUGGCACGUGCCGGAACACCAUUGGGAGCUUCCGGUGCCUUUGCAGCAGUGGGUUUGCGCUUGAUGCCGAAGAGAGAAACUGUACAGACAUCGAUGAGUGCCGGAUCUCUCCGGACCUGUGUGGCCACGGUGCCUGCGUCAAUACACCCGGGAGCUUUGAGUGUGAAUGUUUUGACGGCUACGAAAGUGGAUUCAUGAUGAUGAAGAACUGUAUGGACAUUGAUGAAUGCGAGAGAGACCCUUUGCUGUGCCGAGGAGGGGUCUGUGUCAACACCGAGGGCAGCUUUGAGUGCCUUUGCCCCCCGGGACAUGAACUCAUGGCAGAGGGCAACGCCUGCGUGGAUAUCAACGAAUGCUCCCUGAGUGACAACUUGUGCAGAAACGGCCACUGCGUCAACAUCAUUGGGACCUACCAGUGCUCCUGUGACUCUGGCUUCCAGGGUACCCCAGAUCGCCAAGGCUGCGUUGAUAUUGACGAGUGUACCAUCAUGAACGGAGGUUGCGAUACACACUGCGCCAAUUCGGAGGGCAGCUACGAAUGCAGCUGCAGUGAGGGAUAUGCGCUCAUGCCAGACAAGCGGUCAUGUACAGAUAUUGAUGAGUGUGAAGACAACCCAGACAUCUGUGAUGGCGGCCAGUGUACCAACAUCCCUGGCGAAUACCGGUGCCUCUGCUUUGACGGAUUCAUGGCUUCCCUGGAUAUGAAGAUGUGCAUUGAUGUGAACGAAUGCGACCUGAACCCAAACAUUUGCCUGCACGGCGAGUGUGAGAACACCAAGGGUUCCUUCAUCUGCCAUUGCCAGCUGGGCUAUUUCGUCAAGAAGGGCACGACCGGCUGCACAGAUAUUGAUGAGUGUGAAAUUGGAGCCCACAACUGUGACAUGCAUGCUUCAUGCAUCAACAUCCCUGGGAGUUUUCGCUGCAAAUGUCGGAUGGGUUGGCUUGGCGAUGGCUUGAAAUGCAACGACCUGGAUGAAUGUGCCACCGAGGCACACAGCUGCAACCUGAAUGCCAACUGCCUCAACACCCCGGGAUCGUACCGCUGUGCCUGCCGGGAAGGGUUCAAUGGGGAUGGGUUCUCCUGCUCUGAUGUGGACGAAUGUGCUGACAAUGUCAACCUCUGUGAGAAUGGACAGUGCCUGAAUGCUCCCGGCGGCUAUCGCUGUGAAUGUGAAAUGGGCUUCAACCCAACGGAGGACAGCAAAGCCUGCCAAGACAUUGAUGAAUGCACUUUCCAAAACAUCUGUGUGUUUGGCACCUGCCAGAACCUGCCCGGGAUGUUCCGAUGUGCUUGCGAUGAUGGGUACGAGCUGGACAGGAGCGGAGGCAACUGUACAGACAUCAAUGAAUGUGCGGAUCCAGUGAACUGCAUCAACGGGUUGUGUGUCAACACUCCUGGGAGCUACCUAUGCAACUGUCCUCAAGACUUUGAGCUGAACCCCACUGGAGUGGGCUGUGUAGAUACCCGAGUUGGUAACUGCUUCCUGGAUACGCAGGACCGGGGCGAUGGCGGCAUCUCCUGCAGCGCUGAGAUUGGCGUUGGCGUCACCCGGGCCUCGUGUUGCUGUUCCCUGGGCCGGGCCUGGGGCAACCCUUGUGAGCUGUGCCCCCCAGCCAAUACCACGGAAUACAAGACCUUGUGUCCGGGUGGUGAAGGUUUCCGUCCAAACCCCAUCACAGUAAUUUUGGAAGAUAUCGAUGAGUGCCAAGAAUUGCCAGGACUUUGUCAAGGAGGGAACUGUGUCAAUACCUUUGGGAGCUUCCAGUGCGAAUGCCCCCUGGGCUACUACCUGAACGAAGACACCCGCAUUUGCGAAGACAUCGACGAAUGCUCCGCUCACAUUGGGAUCUGUGGGCCAGGGACCUGCUAUAACACCUUGGGAAAUUACACCUGUGUUUGCCCCCCGGAAUACAUGCAAGUCAACGGAGGCAACAACUGCAUGGACAUGAGGAAAAGCUUGUGCUACCGGAACUACAAUGACACCUGUGAGAACGAGCUCUCCUUCAACAUGACCAAGAAGAUGUGCUGUUGUUCCUACAACAUCGGCAAAGCCUGGAAUAAACCAUGUGAACCUUGCCCUACGCCUGCCAGCACCGAGUACCAGAUCCUCUGUGGCAACCAGGCGCCUGGAUUUAUCAUUGACAUCCACACAGGGAAACCCAUUGACAUCGAUGAGUGCAGCGAGAUCCCAGCCAUCUGCACCAAUGGGGUUUGCAUCAACCAGAUUGGCAGCUUCCGUUGUGAGUGCCCCAUUGGAUUCAGCUACAACAACAUCCUCUUGAUCUGUGAAGACAUCGAUGAGUGCAGCAGUGGAGAGAACCUUUGCCAGCGCAACGCGGAUUGCCUGAACAUCCCCGGCAGCUACAGAUGCGAGUGCUCCUCUGGAUACAAACUCUCUCCCAGCGGAGCAUGUGUGGGUCGCAAUGAAUGUCAGGAAAUCCCAAAUGUCUGUAGCCACGGCGACUGUGUUGACACAGAAGGGAGCUACCUUUGCAUCUGCUUCAACGGGUUCAAGGCCACUGGCGAUCUGACCAUGUGCAUGGACAUUGAUGAAUGUGACCGCCAGCCCUGUGGGAAUGGCACAUGCAAGAACACAGUUGGCUCCUACAACUGCCUCUGUUUCCCUGGCUUUGAGCUGACCCACAACAACGACUGUAUGGAUGUGGACGAGUGUUCCUCGCUAGCGGGGCAGGUGUGCCGUAACGGACAGUGCAUCAACAACAUUGGCUCCUUCCGGUGCCUCUGCCAAGAAGGCUAUGACCACACGCCGGAUGGCAAGAACUGCGUAGACAUCAAUGAGUGCAUCAGCCUCCCAGGAACCUGUUCUCCAGGGACCUGCCAGAACUUGGAGGGCUCCUUCCGAUGCAUCUGCCCACCAGGAUAUGAGGUGCAGAACGACAACUGCAUUGAUAUCAAUGAAUGCGAGGAGGAGCCAAACAUCUGUCUUUUUGGCACCUGCACCAAUGCGCCCGGGAGCUUCCAGUGCAUCUGCCCACCAGGCUUCGUGCUCUCCGAUAAUGGUCGACGGUGCUUCGACACCCGCCAGAGUUUCUGCUUCACCCGCUUUGACAACGGGAAGUGCUCUGUCCCCAAAGCUUUCAACACCACAAAAGCUCGGUGCUGCUGCAGCAAGAUGCCCGGAGAAGGCUGGGGAGACCCCUGCGAGUUGUGCCCGCAGGAGGGGAAUGUUGCUUUCCAGGAGCUGUGCCCAUAUGGUCAUGGGGCUAUUCCAGGACCAGGAGAUACCAGAGAAGAUGUGAAUGAGUGCUCUGAGAACCCAGGCAUUUGCAUCAAUGGGGCAUGCAUUAACACUGAUGGAUCGUUUCGCUGUGAGUGCCCUUUUGGGUACAACCUCGACUACACCGGAGUGAACUGUGUGGACACAGACGAAUGUUCCAUUGGAAACCCAUGUGGGAACGGGACUUGCACCAACGUGGUCGGGGGCUUUGAGUGUGUGUGCGACGAAGGGUUUGAGCCGGGGCCAAUGAUGACCUGUGAAGAUAUCAACGAGUGUGCCUUGAACCCUUUGCUCUGUGCCUUUCGGUGCAUCAACACCCUCGGCUCCUAUGACUGCACCUGCCCUUCCGGAUACACUUUGCGGGAUGACCGGAGGAUGUGCAAAGACCUGGACGAAUGUGUUGAAGGGAUGCAUGACUGCGAAUCUCAUGGGAUGAUGUGCAAGAACCUCAUUGGGACUUUUGCUUGCAUCUGCCCGCCUGGGAUGCAGCGCAGGCAUGAUGGCGAAGGCUGUACAGAUGAGAACGAAUGCCGCACAAAGCCUGGGAUCUGCCCCAAUGGGCGCUGCGUGAACUCAGUGGGCAGCUACCACUGUGACUGCAAUGAAGGCUUCCAGAGCAGCCCCUCUGGCACCGAGUGCCUGGACACCCGCCAAGGGUUCUGCUUCACGGAAGUGCUCCAGACCAUGUGCCAGAUGUCCUCCACCAACCGGCACCAGGUCACCAAAUCGGAGUGCUGCUGCAACGGAGGGCGAGGCUGGGGUCCCCAGUGCGAACUCUGCCCUUUUCCAGGCACCGGCCCUUACAAGAAGAUGUGUCCGCAUGGGCUGGGUUACACAACUGAUGGGAGAGACAUUGAUGAAUGCAAAGUACUGCCUAACCUUUGCAAAAAUGGCCAGUGCAUCAACAGCCUGGGCUCCUUCCGCUGUCAUUGCCAGCUGGGCUACACCACUGACAUCACUGGCACCGCUUGCCAGGAUCUGGACGAAUGCAGCCAGUCUCCGAAGCCCUGCAAUUUCAUCUGCAAGAAUACAGAAGGCAGCUUCCAGUGUUCGUGUCCCAGGGGUUACAUUCUGCAGGAAGAUGGGAAGACUUGCAAAGACCUGGAUGAAUGCUCCACAAAGCAGCAUAACUGCCAGUUCCUGUGUGUGAACAUUAUCGGGGGCUUCAACUGCAAAUGCCCACCGGGAUUCACCCAGCACCAUUCGUCCUGCAUUGAUAACAACGAAUGCACUUCCCAGCCCACCUUGUGUGGGGUCAAAGGACAGUGUCUGAAUACCCCUGGAAGCUACAAUUGCGAGUGCCAGAAAGGCUUUGCCCUUGAUGUCUCUGGAAGCAGCUGCGAAGAUGUGGAUGAGUGUGAUGGGAACCAUCGGUGCCAACACGGAUGCCAGAACGUCCUGGGGGGCUACCGCUGCGGAUGCCCUCACGGCUACGUCCAGCACUACCAGUGGAACCAAUGUGUGGAUGAGAAUGAGUGCUCCAGCUCCUCGACCUGCGGCUCGGCCUCUUGCUACAACACUUUGGGGAGCUUCAAGUGCAUCUGUCCGUCUGGCUUCGACUUCGACCAGGCCUUUGGGGGCUGCCAGGACGUGAACGAAUGUGCGGCGGGUGGCAGCCCUUGCAGCUAUGGCUGCUCCAACACAGAGGGUGGUUACCUGUGCGGCUGCCCCAGCGGGUAUUUCCGGGCAGGGCAGGGGCACUGUGUCUCAGGCCUAGGAUUUGGCAAGGAGGCUUACCUGCCAGCCCCGCCGGAGGAGGAAGAGGAGAACCUGUUGUCGCCCGAGGCUUGCUACGAGUGCAAGAUCAAUGGCUAUCCGAAGAGAGGGCGCCAUCGGCGCAGCAUCAAUGGCACCAGCAAACACCAGCAUGAGCCAGCGGUCAGCCUGGCCAGCAUCGACGUGGAUGCGCCACUGGCCAUGACGCUGAAUCUUUCCAGCCUGGGCCCAAAGGAGCACCUCCUGGAACUACUUCCUGCCCUGACUCCUCUGGAGAACCGUGUCCGCUACAUCAUUACCCAGGGGAACCAGGGCGGCCACUUCCACAUCCACCAGAGAGAGGGCCUCAGCUACCUCCAUGUGGCCCGCAAGCAGGCCCUCCCAGGCACCUACCGCCUGGAGAUUGUCAGCGUGCCACUCUUCCGCAAGCGGGAACUGCAGAAACUGGAGGCUCUCAAGGAGAUCGACUACCUUGCUGGGGAGCUUGGCCGGGGGCUCAAGAUGAGGCUGCAGCUGCACCUCUUUUAGACCCAACUCACGGGGACACCAGCGGAAACAGACCCUUUGGCUGCGCUCCAACUCACCUCUCCUGCGCCAUGCCCCAUGCCAUGAAAGGCAGCACCUCCUCCAGCGGCAUUACCUUCUGGGGGUCUCAGAACAACCGCCCUGGAAAUGUACCCUUCUCCAAGCCCCAUGUUUUCUUUUUCAGGCUCCCAGCCUUUCCUCACACACUCCGGGGGUUAGCUCUCAGUGCGAGACUCUCAGAAAGGUCCGAGGAAGCAGUCCUCAGGCGAAGGCAUCAGUGCAACAUCUGUACUCUUCAGCUGGUAGCUUCUGUGCUCCAGCUCCUUCCCCUCGUUCCGUCAGUCUGAAAUCUUAGUAAGUCCUCUGCUUUGACCAGGUAGCCCUUGAUCUCUUCCCUCAUCUGAAGGGGGAAAGGCAGCUUUCAUUCUCUCAUACGUCCAAUUGAUCCUGCAUUUAAGAGGAUCGCAGGGGGGCGAACAGCCAAACCAAGCCAACCGUGCCGGAUUAUUAAUCUGAUCUGAACCAAUCUCUGCAGAAGGACAUGGGAACAGCACCAAAGUCCAGCUUCCACAACUACCACCAGCCCAAAAAACAAAGGAUCUGGGCUUCUGUUUCCAAAAUGCCUUGCUCUGUCCUCUCACUCCUUCUAGAGUUAUGUGUCACUAAAUGGGAAGUGAUUGAUGAGGGACACAUGUCAUGCUGAAGUAGAGCCUCAGGGCAAGAAGAUGCAUUUUGCCAUUCUCUGUCCCCUUUAUGUUUUCCUCUGCUUUACAGUGGACUAUUCUAGCCUGGUCUGGACUCUCAGAGCUCCACAAAACCUCUUCCAGAGCCAUUAAGAUGCAUCCUUGGUGGAACAGCAUGCCUUGGGAGCACACUAGAGUUAACUGAACAGCAGCAAAGUGCAUUGUGGAGCAUGUGGUUGUUUCUCCAGGAAGGCUUUAAUUCUCUUUUGGGUUUGGGGCAGGAGCAGGAGCCUCAGAGGAAGGGGAGGACAAAGCCUAUCUGAAGAAAUCUUGCCAAGAAAGCUCCACAAUAGGUUUGCCUUGGGUCUCCUUAAGUGAGAAAUUACUUGGAAGGCACACAGCAGCAUGUUCCCUCAGUACCAUAUGCCUAUAUAUAUUGAAUAGUGGGUUCCUCCUUGGGCCAGAGUUCCCCUUCUCCUAAGUCAUCUUUUCUGUGCCUCAGCAAGGCAAUGGCCUCUCUUUCUCCAAAUGUUCGGCCAUCUUCCUUUCCGAAGCAUCCUUCCUUCCCCUCAUUUGAGUGGCUGCUGGGUGGGUUUUUCUAAGGUCCAAAACACACUGCAGAAAUAAUCCAGUUUGACACCGCUUUAACUGCCCUGGGUUAAUGCUAGGGAAUCCUGGGAACCAUAGUUUUGGGAGACAUUUAGCCGCUUCUCUCGGAGAGCUCUGGUGCCAAAAUAAACUACAAUUCCUAGGAUUCCCUGGCACAGAGCCAGGGAAGUUAAAGUGGCCUCAAAUUGGAUUAUUUCUGCUGUGUGUCCUGGACCUAAGAGAGACAGCACAAUUGUUGUUUGCUCUCUUUUCCUUUUUAAUUUUUGGGCAUGGUAACACUGAAGCUGCCCUAGUGAGACUUCUGUUUUUUAACCUUUGGGUGCUUUUUGUAUCAUUGUUGUUGAUUAUGCUUUUUUUUGUAUUUGUUUUUAAGAGCCUGAAACACUGAACCUUCUCCCAGUGUGAAUUUUGAGAAAGCAAACAUUUUGGGAUUGGGACCUAACCCUCCCUCCUGCUCUCAGGUACUAACCCUUUCCAUCUGACUUUGUCUCUGCAAACAUUUCAGGGUCUCUGCAUUGCAUAUUUGGGGGGGGAGCGUCUCACAUCCUAGUCAAUGCCAGCCAGCGUUUCAAACUGGGGGUCUCCAUUUCCAGCUGCCUCCAGGCCUGAGGGAAUUUACACAUUUGGCAAACAUCUGGUACUAGCUGGGCAACCCCUCUCUGGAGUGUGAAGGGGCCACAAUGGCCACCCCCUUCAGCCAUGCAGGAAAAUACCUGACUAAGGCACUCUUGAAAAACACUCAUUCAGCCUCUGCUUAAAGAUCUCCAAGGCGAUCUGUUCAACCGUUGAACAGCUUUUACAUGCAAUAAGUUUUUUCCAAAAGUUUAGGUAGCAUCUCUUUCCUUGUCACUUGAACCCAGUGGUUCAUGUUCUAGUCUGUGGAGCUGCAGAAAACACGCUCCCUCCAUCUUCUUCUCCAUGGCCUCCUUUCCGAUGGCUCUAUCCUAUCAAUUCUCAGUCUUCUCUUCUCCAAGCUAAACACACCCAGCUCCCCCAGUCAUUUCUGGACCUUGGGUCAUCUUAUAGCAAUAGCAAGUCCAUUUCUAUACCGCUUAUCAGUGCACUUAAUCCCUCCAUCUUGGUCAGCCACUCUGCUUCCAUUCUGCUCCAUCCUUUCCGAAAGGUCUUUGGAUGUUACUUUGGGCUGCUGAAAAACAGGGAUGGGGAAGCCCAGGCCCUGAGACUGCGCCUGGCCUCCUGGUGCCCCACUUCCCCAGGCACUUCCCUGGCUUCUCUCUGGGCUCCUUCCAUUCUAAAUCUGUGAGAGCUUUGAGCUAAAAUGCAUGUCAUAUUUGUGAGGGCGGGGGGGGGGAUGCUCCUUUAUUUGCUAAGGCCCUGCCCAGAAAGACGUGUCCCUUGGGUGGCAUGGAGAUUUCCCGUCCUUUCUCAAAAACUUGAAGCCCCUGGCGGCAGAGAAGGGGGCAGGCGCUAGGCUGGCGCGACAGACCUCACAAUACCCUCGCCAGCUUGGAUUUUGUCGUCGUCGUCGUUGUGGUUGCUGUUCCCCUAACUUGUCCUUUGGGGUUUUGCCAAAUGGUGCUCCCCCUCCCUUUAUUAUUAUUAAUAAUAAUAUUAUUAUUAAUGACAAUGGUAAUAAUCGCUUAGCCAAGGGGUGUGUCUGUGUGCAGGCAGGUGCGUGUGUGCAUGCGUGGGUGAGCGUUUUUUGUGUGGGUGUGGAGUUGUUGCGGCCUCCUCCCAGCCCAGUCUGUGGGUCAUUUCCCCCGUGGGCCAGUGGUCAGUUUGCGGGAGGGCCGGCCGCACACAUGGCACUGAGACCGGGAACUGCUGCUCUUCACCUGUUUUGUUUUUGUACCAGGAGCAGCAGCGGCGGCGGCAAUAAAGUUAUUUUGG